GUUACAGCAGGUGGGUGGGCCGUGUCACAUAUAGGCUGCGCUCCGUUUUCUGUAUCAACAUAAGGACCGAGGCUUCUGCUGAAAAAACAUGGCUCUGCUUAUACUGGCUUUGAUUUUUUCCAUCUGUUGCCGAGGCUGUGCCUCAAGUCUGAUUUAUCACACCAGUGCUGUGGAAAGCGAUCCCGCUGUCCAGAGAUCGGGGAAUGUCUGCAAAGACUGCACUCAAAUCAUUGAACUCCUCACUGACAUGCUUUCCAAUCCAGAUCUCCAGAAAAAGAUCAUUGGUGGCAUUGAGAUUCUGUGCGACCAUCUGCCGGGGCCCGCCACCACGGCCCAGGCCUGCAAAGACGAGGUGGAGAAGAUGCUUCCGAUGGCCAUCAGCUUCCUCACUGGUUUUGUCCAACCAGCCCAGAUCUGCAAAAUGAUUGGGCUCUGUGGCGCCAGUGGAAAACAGGAGGAGAUGCUCAAGUACCUUGUGGAGGCCGUUCAGGCUGCUGGGGAAAAUGAUAAUGCCCAGCCUUCAGCACAAUGCUCCUUCUGUAUUUUACUCGUGAAGACUUUGGAGAGGCUGCUGCCAAAAGAGAGGACCGAGGACGCCGUGACCAAGGUCUUUGAGGAGAUCUGUAAGAUUCUGCCCCCCACCUACCGCGACCAGUGUGACAAUUUGAUCGACAAGUACAGCAAAAUGCUGAUGGACGCCAUCCUGGGCUACGCCACCCCUCAGGCCCUCUGCGCACUCAUCCACAUGUGCAAAGGGACGGACGCUCCCGUCGCGGAUCCGUGCACUCUGCCAGCAUACAGAUGCAGCAACGUCCAAACUGCUUUCAAGUGUGGAACUUUCUUCUACUGUCAGAAGUUUUCCUGGAAGCCGCUGAACACGAUCUAAAAUGCUCAGGCUUCUCGUUUCAGGGUUGGACUCAUUGAAUCCACAGGUCCUUCACAAAGCUGCAAGCAUCGCUUAAUGUUCAGCUUUCGUUGAUAUAUGUAUGUGUAUGUGUGUGUGUGUGCACAGCCUGCAGUGACUAAACUAAUACAUAUGAUAGUUUCUUGAGCUGAUGAAGUUCAGCAGUAAGUUAUUUCGCAGUGGAAAGUUACAGUUCACAUAAUGAAAUCCUUCUGGGUUUACUUUAGAAUUAUUUUUCUAGAUGAGAUCAUUGCUUUUUUUUUUUUACAUUAGCCAGACUUUUUUGUAUAUCCUUAGAUGAAAUCAUACUUUUGUGAUUCACACAAAUUUCUCAAAUAAAAUAUGCAACAGAACUUGA